AUUAGUUUCAGUUUUGCUUCUCUUUCAGGAGCCCUGCAGUAGCGGAGUCCAGACCCCAGCCCCCUUGCAGUCCUGAAGGCCAAGGUCAUCUCUGGCUAGGAUGGUUUCCCAGGGCUCCUCACCCUCCCUGCUGGAGGCCCUAAGCAGUGACUUCCUGGCCUGUAAGAUCUGUCUGGAGCAGCUGCAGAUGCCCAAGACGCUGCCCUGCCUGCACACCUACUGCCAGGACUGCCUGGCCCAGCUGGUUGAGGGCGGCCACGUCCGCUGCCCUGAAUGCCGAGAGACUGUGCCUGUGCCACCCACAGGUGUGGCUGCCUUCAAAACCAACUUCUUCGUCAAUGGGCUACUGGACCUGGUGAAGGCCCGGGGCUCUGGAGACCUGCGUAUGGGGAAGCCAGCCUGUGCCCUGUGUCCCCUGGUGGGGGGCACCAGUGCCGGGGGGCCAGCCACAGCCCGGUGCCUAGACUGUGCUGAUGACCUGUGCCAGGCUUGUGCCGACGGCCACCGCUGCACCCGCCAGACCCACACCCACCGGGUAGUGGACUUGGUGGGCUACAGGGCGGGCUGGUAUGAUGAGGAGGCCCGUGAGCGCCAGGCAGCUCAGUGCCCCCAGCACCCUGGGGAGGCACUGCGCUUCCUGUGCCAACCCUGCUCCCAGCUGCUGUGCCGAGAGUGUCGCCUGGACCCCCACCUGGACCACCCCUGCCUGCCCCUGGCUGAGGCUGUGCAGGCCCGGAGGCCAGGCCUAGAAGAGCUGCUGGCAGGCGUGGACAGCAAUCUGGCUGAACUGGAGGCGGCACGGAGAGUAGAGAAGGAAACCCUGGUCCAGCUGCGGGAGCAGGCGGCCCAGGUAGGGACACACGUGGAGGAAGUGACUGAGAGGGUCCUCCGGGAUCUCCUGGCCCAGAAACAGGAGGUGCUGGGGCUGCUGCGGGCCCAUGUGGAGGCUGUAGAGAAGGCUGUUCGGGAGAGGCUGGUGGAGCUUGAGGGCCGUGAACAGGUGGCCAAGGAGGCGGCUGCCUUUGCCCGCCGUGUGCUCAGCCUGGGUCGAGAGGCUGAGAUCCUCUCUCUGGAGGGGGCAAUUGCCCAGAGGCUCCGGCAGCUGCAAGGCUCUGGCCAUUGGACGUCUGGGCAAGCCCCCUUUGUGCAGCCCCAGCUAGAGCUCCACCCUGGGCUCCUGGACAGGGAUUGCCGCCUGCUUUGGCUCUCCUUUGAGGAGCAGCAGCCACAGAUUGACAGUGGAAAGGAUGGAACUGGUGCCCGAGGGGACAUUGAGACACAGAGGCAAACAGAGUGUGUGGCCAAGGCAGAGGGACAGAGCAGAGUCCAGCCUCAGGGCAGGGAUGGAGCACAGACUCUGAAAGAGGACAAACCACAGACACCCCAAGAAGGUGGAACCCAGACCCCAGAAGAGGAUAGAGCCCAGACACCCCAAGGUGAAGGAGGAGCUCAGAACCAGAAGGGUGGCAGAUCUGACAAGAAGAGAAAGUUCAAAGGCAGGUUCAAGUCAAUUUCCCGGGAGCCCAGCCCAGCACCUGGGCCAAUCCUGGAAGGCUCUGGCCCCCUCCCCAAGCCCAUCUUUUCCUGCAGCUUCCCCACACGGAUGCCUGGAGACAGGUGUUCCCCCAGGAUCACUGGAUUGUGUCCCUUUGGCCCCCGGGAGAUCCUGGUGGCAGAUGAGCAGAACCGGGUGCUGAAACGCUUCUCCCUCAAUGGUGACUACAGGGGCACUGUGCCAGUCCCUGAGGGCUGCUCCCCCUGCAGUGUGGCAGCUCUGCAAGGUGCCGUGGCCUUCUCAGCUGGUGCAAGGCUCUAUCUCAUCAGCCAUGAUGGUGAGGUGCGGUGGCGGCGGGCUUUGAGCCAUUCCCAGGCUAGCCAUGCUGUGGCUGCACUGCCAAGUGGGGACCGCGUGGCUGUCAGUGUAGCAGGCCACGUGGAGGUGUACAACAUGGAAGGUAGCUUGGCCACUCGGUUCAUCCCUGGUGGGAGGGCAAACCGGGGCCUGCGGGCACUGGUAUUCCUGACCACCAGCCCCCAGGGCAAUUUUGUGGGGUCAGAUUGGCAGCAGAAUAGUGUAGUGGUCUGUGAUGGGCUGGGCCAGGUGAUUGGAGAAUACAGGGGGCCAGGCCUGCAUGGCUGCCAGCCAGGCUCUGUGUCUGUGGAUAAGAAGGGCUACAUUUUUCUGACCCUUCGAGAGCUCAAUAAGGUGGUCAUCCUGGACCCAGAGGGGUCACUUCUUGGAGACUUCCUAACGGCCUACCACGGCCUAGAAAAGCCACGGGUGACCACCAUGGUGGAUGGCAGGUACCUGGUCGUAUCCCUCAGUAAUGGGACCAUCCACAUUUUUCGGAUCCGCUCUCCUGACAGCUAAAGGGACCAGGAUUGGGAAGGGGGAAAGGAGAAGGGAUAGUAGGAGGGAGGCAGAGCUGCCUGUGGGAUGUGGCAGCUGAGGAUGUUUUCCUGAAGGGGAGGGUUGAUGACUUUUCAUUGUGAAGUGCCAAACUGCUAACUCCUCUGUGGUGUGCAGGGAUGGGGACCAAGGCUGGUGGUGUGGCCAUGACUGCAGGAGCAGAGGGGAGGGAUGGGAAGGGUACUGGGGACCUCUCAGCCUCUUGUUUUUUGCCAAUGGCUGCCGCUGCUGCUGUAGUUUAGGUUUUUGAGAUGUGUAAACUUGUCCUGAUUCGCAUUCUUCAAAAUCAUUCCUCAUGAAGUAGCUAAGGGAAAGGGUUUUGUUGAGGGGCAGGUGACAAAAGUAGCCCAGGGUGGGUUGGAUGUGCAUUCUGGGAUAGAACUGGGAAUCUGGCUUCCUCAGACUGCACAGCAUCGUGUGGGGUCAGAAGAGGCUUGAGAUUUCAAAUCAGCCCCAAGUGACAUCCAUCCCAGGGAAGCUCCUAGGAUAAGUACUUCCCAGGGAAGUACAGGAUGAGCUUCAGGUGGGAACAGAUGCAGCCAUCAGCUGGGGCCAAGAAGUGUCAGCUUUAGCAGCUGUGAAGGGAAUAGCCCGGGAAAAUCAAACCCUGCAGAGUUGGUGUCUAAGACACCAGGUUCUGAGUAUCAGCCAGGGAAGCCCUCCAUGCCCUCCACAGAGCCAAACUGCAGCAAGACAAGUGUGGGAUGUAAAAUCUCCAUGAUGCCACCCUUCUGUUUUGAUGUCUUUACAUUUCCUGGAGUCUGUUUUUUGUUCUCCUUUAGUUUUUCCUGUGAAAUUCAUUUUGAGAAAUGUUGGCCUUCGCCUGGCUGAAGUAAGAGGUGAAGGCCACGAUUGCUGGGAGAAACAAGUGAAUCCAGAGGGCAGGUGUGGGAUUGGGGGUGCUAAGGAAACUUGAGAAGUCAGCAGUGGGACUGGGGUGGAAGGAAGUAUAAAAACGGGAGGGAAGGACCCAGCUGGAGGUGAGCUGGGACCGCUGGUCCUUUUUGGAGGUGGCUGAGUGGGCUGCAAGGACAUAUUUAGCUAAGGGCUGUUGAGAGAUGAUGGAAGGGGUUCUUAAGGUAGGGAUCAUGGAUGAUGGAGUGUUCAUAGGAACCAGAGAGAUUUUGGACAAGUCCAGAUGGAAUGUGCAGGGUGUAGGGGUAGAGAAAAGAAACUCCCAUCCUGAAGAGGCUCUAUCUUAUAUAUUGAAAUGGUGGGGGAAAUUGUCAAAGUCAGGGUGGACAAAUUAUAUAAAAACUAAAGAUGUAUGCCAAGCGAAGAAUAACGAAGAUUUUAAGAAAACCAAGAAGAUGAGAAAACUACGUAGAAUUGAUUCAAUGAGGAAAAGCUAAGUGUCUGAUAUAUGCAGUGACUAUGAGACUAUUUGGUCCAAGAACCUAACAGUCUGUGCGCUCUGGAGGAAAUGCACACAGGCAAGGAUUAGUAAGAUGAAACACCAAAAUAAAAUCACUUGCAUUCGUUAAAAAUAAAUUUUAAAAAUAUAUUGUAGAGAAAUAGACUUCUGGCACUAUAAAAUAAGGCUUCCUGGAGAACAAUUUGGCAAUACUUGACAAGAGGGGGGAGAAAUGAUUGUAAGAAUAUGUUAUCUCACUUUAGGGAAUACGUUCUGGGAAAGAAGAAAUAUUUGCAUAGAGAUAUUUGUGACUGCCCUAUAUUGUACAGUCAUUAACUGGAAACUGCUCAAUUGUGGGGUGAUAGCUGAGUAGAUUGUGGUCCGUUAGAGGAAUGAGCUGUUGCUUUCAUGUAUGAUAAUGACGGAAACUAUUGAGAAGAAAUAGCUAUGUGAUACAAUCAUAAUCCAAAAAAAAAAAAGUGGAAAAUCUGGAAUUACAAUCAUGUAGUAACAACAAGGGUAAAGUUAGUCUGAGUAGUUACCAUGUUGAAAUAGAUUCAGAAUUUGUAAAUAGUCAGUGAUUUGGGAGUUAUUUUGUGCUCUUAUUCUUAUGUGCACAUUUCUACUUCGGUGAUUAUCCAUUACAUAACAUGCUUGAAUAUUUACUUCAAGGCAAUACACAGUGCAAAUGAUAGUGAAGCAUAACUACAGGAUUUAAGAAUGAAUGUGUCAGAACAAAUGAGAUUGUCCUGCAAGAGAAGAGGCACAAAUGAGGGAUGGGGGUCAGCUAGCUUAGUCAGGGCUCUCUGGAAGGGUUUUCAGAGGUCAAGUAGGCUCCUCAAGUGAUUGGAUUAUUAUGGAGUGUCUGAAAGGCAAGGGACAUGUCACAGUUCACCAAGUAACUCGGAUCAACAGGAAAGCAAGUUCUAGAGAACCAGCUAAUAUAGGAUGAGUUGCAGGAGGGCACAGACGGUGCCCGUCUUCACUGCAGCUCUGUCUGUGUGCUAGCAUGUUGACAGCUCAGUAUCUGUGAAGUGAAUUAAUACCUAGAAAGGGAUAAGACAGUGGUAUGACUCUAUAGAGAUUUCCCAACUUAAAUGCCACAUCCUGGCCAACUAAGCUGUCUAAAACCUCAGUGUGUGAGAAUUCUCCGUUAGGGGGCACUGUGGACACAGUCCACCAUAUGCCUCCGGAGGCUGGGCUCCACGGAGAGAUUAUGUCUCUAUUCCUGCUUCUGUGUGUGUGACAAGAAGAGCCAAGAGAUGUGGAUCAUACACCCUCAGGUUGGAACAGCAGCUCUGCAGAGUUGCAUGGGAGCAAUGUGCAUAGGUCUUGGCGGCCGAAAUGUCUCUAGCCAUAUGGCCCACUCACGGGCAAAGCAGGAAUAGAGACCUGAAGUGAAAAGUCAUAUGGCUGCAAUAAGAGACCCACAGGUGCUCCAGAGAUGAGAGAACCAAGUGGCUUCCCCAGAAGCUAUCAGAAUCUUGUGAAGAUGAAGGAAAGUACUAGCUUUUCUUUAUAAAGAGGUAGGAGUAAGAAGGCAUAGGACACUGGCAAAAUGUGACAGAUGGAUGGGAAGGGUAGCAUCAAGCAUGAUUUGGAGGGAAAAUUCUCAAUGCCUUAAUUAAGUUAGGUGGGAAUCGAGAAUCCCAUAGAAAGCACCAAACGCGUGGGGCAGAGGGGUGGUGAAAGUUCUCAACAGGUGCAAAGUAAUCAGGAACAUCACAAAAGAAACAAAAUGCUCCACCCCCACCCCACCUGGGGAUUGUGACAAUUAACUUGAUAAAUUGUUCCUUUUUCUAUUGGGAGCUGCCCAGGCCAUGCACAGACUGGUGAAAGGAGAAUUCCAUUGUGGGAGAGAGGAGGGGAACAGAAAACCUCUUUUAUAUUCUACGUAUCAAAAAAGAGGAAAAGAAAGAGAUUAAGAUAGAAGAGACCUGGGUUGAGUGUUGGCUCUUCCACUAAAUAGCUGUGUAGGCUUGAUGCCUGAAGCACAGUGGUUAUGGCACUAUCCACAUACACCCAGGAUG